GAACAUCCCCAAAGCCAUAAACUUUAGGGUUUUAGAAUUUUAUUUAGGGUUCUUGUUUCUCUCUAUCUCUCAGUUCUGCUCGUGCUCUGUCUUCAUCCAUUGGUGUUGUUAUUUGUUACCGAAGAAGUAAGAAAGAUGGGUACUGAAGUUUCUACCUCGCCGACAAGCCUCAUUGAUCAGACUGUUGUUCCAGGUGAUAUUGUUCUUGAUUUAUCAAACAUGACUAACCAAACAAUCAAGCUCGGCAGUGGUCUCCGUCAGGAUAAUGAUUCGAUAUCUGCUAUGAGAGCAGGGAAGUUGAGGUACUCUAAGCCAAAUAAGUAUUGGGUGGAAAGUUCUCAUAAAAGGUAUAUACCUCGUCCUGAGGAUCAUGUUCUUGGCAUUGUGGUAGAUUGUAAGGGAGAAAAUUAUUGGGUAGACAUUAAAGGACCACAACUGGCUCUUUUACCUGUGCUUGCAUUUGAAGGAGCAAACAAAAGAAAUUAUCCCAAGUUUGAGGUAAGCACUCUGCUUUAUACUCGGGUUGUGAAGACAAACACAGGAAUGAACCCGGAGCUGUCCUGUGUAGACGAAAGUGGAAAGGCUGCAGUAUUUGGUCCCUUAAAAGAUGGUUUCAUGUUUGAAACUUCAACUGGUUUAUCAAGAAUGUUGUUGAGUUCACCAACUUGCCCGGUCCUCGAAGCUCUUGGGAAGAAACUCUCGUUUGAGACUGCAUUUGGCUUAAAUGGGAGAUGUUGGGUGCAUGCGGCUGCUCCUCGUAUCGUGAUUAUCGUCGCCAAUGCGUUGAUGAAUUCUGAAACUCUAAGUGGGACACAACAGAGAAUCAUGGUAGAGAAAUUGCUGGAGAAAAUUUCAGACUGAAAAGCGUGCUGUAUGCUUAACAUUAUCACUACUUUAUAAAAGAAACAAUUUGAUUCACAUCUCUGUUUGUAGUUGUUAGGCAGAGACAUGUACACAUUACAUUAUGUUUCUUUUUAACAUAAAAAUGACAUGAUUUAGCCAUUUUUAAGUAUUAAGUAGUAACCAUAACGAACCAAAUAAAGACCACAUUAUUAGGUUU